UAAACGUCCCACUUUGUGCAACCAGACUCAAAUACAGCCUUUAGAAAAAUUAACGUAGGCCUAAUUAUUUUUAAUUUUAUUAUUUUGAUAAAAAUAUAGCAAUGUAUUAAUUAGCAAAAGAAUAUUCCAAAAGUCUAGGGGCCGACCGGAAAUACCGUACCGGAAGUACCGUAUCACAGGAAGGACAACAAAUUGUAGCAAUGGCGGCGGCUGAAGGCAAUGUGGAGCUGAAGAGAAAAGCAGAAGAGAGUCAGGAUGGAGACGGGGAUGGAGAAGAGGAUGAGUGGGUCGGACCCAUGCCGAGCGAAGCUACCAAGACUAAGAAAAGGAAAGUGCUCGAAUUUGAGCGAGUUUAUCUGGACAACCUGCCUUCAGCUGCCAUGUAUGAGCGGAGCUACAUGCACAGAGACGUUAUAACGCAGAUAGUUUGUUCCAAGACAGACUUCAUUAUCACGGCCAGCCAGGAUGGUCACGUCAAGUUUUGGAAAAAGAAGGAAGACGAGGGAAUAGAGUUUGUCAAACAUUUUCGAAGUCAUCUCGGUGUGAUAGAAAGCAUAGCAGUCAGUGCAGAAGGAGCCCUGCUGUGUUCUGUUGGAGAUGAUCAGGCCAUGAAAGUAUUUGAUGUUGUCAACUUUGACAUGAUCAAUAUGCUGAAGUUGGGCUUCCACCCUGGCCAGUCGGAGUGGAUCUACAAUCCCGGAGAUGCCAUUUCCACGGUGGCCUGCUCUGAAAAAUCCACAGGGAAGAUCUUCGUGUAUGACGGCCGGGGAAGCAACCAGCCGCUCCACGUCUUCGACAAGAUGCAUUCCUCGCCGCUGUCCCAAAUCCGCCUGAAUCCCAGAUACAGAGUCAUCGUCUCUGCAGACAAAGCCGGCAUGCUGGAAUACUGGACUGGCCUCCCGAAUGAAUUCAAGUUCCCGAAACAUGUGCACUGGGAAUACAAAACAGACACAGACUUGUAUGAAUUUGCAAAGCACAAAACGUAUCCCACCAGCCUCGUGUUCUCUCCAGAAGGGAAGAAAAUGGCAACGAUUGCUUCCGACAGGAAAGUCCGAAUCUUCCGCUUCCUGACGGGAAAACUGAUGAGAGUGUUUGACGAGUCAUUAACUAUGUUCACAGAGCUGCAGCAGAUGAGGCAGCAGCUGCCCGACAUGGAGUUCGGGAGGCGGAUGGCGGUGGAGAGAGAGCUGGAGAAGGUGGACGGCAUCCGACUCACAAAUAUAAUCUUUGAUGAGACCGGACACUUUGUGCUCUACGGGACCAUGCUGGGCAUCAAGGUGAUCAAUGUGGAGACCAACAGGUGUGUGCGGAUCCUGGGGAAGCUGGAGAACAUCCGUGUGGUGAAGCUGAGUCUGUUCCAGGGCGUGGCCAAGGCCAUGCAGGUGGCGCCCACCGUGGAGAUGAAGGCGUCAGAUAACCCCGCCUUAGAGAACGUGGAGCCUGACCCCACCAUAUUCUGCACCGCCUUCAAAAAGAACCGUUUCUACAUGUUCUCAAAGAGAGAACCUGAGGAUACGAAGAGUGCCGACUCGGACAGAGACAUCUUUAAUGAGAAACCGUCGAAGGAAGAAGUGAUGGCCGCCACGCAGGCUGAAGGACCCAAGAGAGUUUCUGACAGCGCCAUCAUCCACACCACCAUGGGAGACAUCCACAUCAAGCUCUUCCCCGUAGAAUGUCCCAAAACUGUGGAGAACUUCUGUGUCCACAGCAGGAACGGCUACUACAACGGUCACAUCUUCCACAGAGUGAUCAAGGGUUUUAUGAUCCAGACCGGAGACCCCACAGGAACCGGUAUGGGUGGCGAGAGCAUCUGGGGCGGAGAGUUUGAGGACGAGUUCCACGCCACGCUGAGACACGACCGCCCGUACACGCUCAGCAUGGCCAACGGAGGACCGGGAACCAACGGAUCACAGUUCUUCGUCACCGUGGUGCCCACUCCUUGGCUCGACAACAAGCACACGGUGUUUGGAAGAUGUACGAAGGGCAUGGAGGCCGUCCAGAGGAUCUCCAACGUCAAAGUCAACCCGAAGACGGACAAACCGUACGAAGACAUCAGCAUCAUCAACAUCACCAUCAAGUGAUCGUAUGUGUCCAACACGUCCUGUACAGCCAUGUUUUUUAUUACAAGAUUGAGUUAUUAAAGAAUGAUUUGAUGAGAGAUAGAGUUGUAAGAAUGAUUUGUUAUUGAAGAGUAUAAAAAAAACUACCAGCCAGACAAAUUAAGGUCAAUUAGUUUAUUUUACAGCAACACAUUAUGAAUAAUUUACAAAAAGCCAUUAUCAAGUCCACUGGUAACAAAGGUUUCGAUGCGCAUUGUGCUUCUACGUUUCAAAAACAAAUGGAAAUGUUUCACAAACUAUGUGGAAAGGCUUUUCACACGUGCAUUUUUUUAUUAGUAUUUUUAUACAUAGAUACAUGUAGUAAACAUUACAUAGCAAUGAAUAAAGAUUAAACCAAAAACCAAAUGAUGGAUCCUUAAUAACAAGACAAGUGUCAGUGUUAGGCUUAAUGUUCCACUAAGUUUCACAUUACAUUAUUACUGAAGGCUGCAGAUUAAAGGUGGACCAUCUCCAAAGCACUCCA